GAAAGAUGCCUCUGUGUCAAAAUUUUCCAUCAGCUGCUCCCUUACUUUACCUUGCUAUACUUUCACUUCUCUCUUUUGCUACAUCAAAACCUAAUGGUUUUAGGCUUCAGCUCAUUCAUAGAGACUCUCCAGAGUCUCCUUUCUACCCUGGAAAACUUACUAAUUCUGAAAGGAUCAGUAGACUUGUAGAAUUUUCAAAAAUCAGGGCUCAUAACUUUGACUCAGGUUUUAGUUCUGAAGCAUUCCGACCUCCAGUGUUCCAGGAUUUUACUUGCUACCUUGUGAAAGUACGAAUCGGGAAUCCUGGCAUACCUUUGUAUCUUGUACCAGAUACUGGGAGCGCCCUUAUUUGGACAGUGUGA